AGAAAUCGAUUUAGAAAAUUUAUAUUCUUUUUAUAUUUUAGAGACACAAGAGUUUUUUGAUAAUAUUACAAAAUAUUGUAAUGAUACAAUUUGUGAUUAUUCUAAAAUAUUUCAUGAUUUAGUAAUUAAUUCAUUAAAUAGAGAUGAUAAAAUAUUAGAAGGGAAAGGUAUUAUUGUGGAAAUUGAUGAAUCGAAAUUUGGAGAUUUAUGGGUUGUUGGAAUUACUAAAAGAACUGGAAACAAGAAAUAUUAUCUUUUUAAGUUUAUAAAAGAAUAUGUAAAACCAGGUUCUACACUUUAUAGUGAUUGUUGGAAAGGUUAUAAUAAUAUUGAAAAAUUAAAUAUUAAACAUAUCCGAAUAAAUCAUUCGAGAAAACCAGCUGAACAACAAUUAAUUUGUGAAAUUUAUACAAAUACAAUAGAAGGAACAUGGAAUGCUUUGAAAUUAUUUAUUUCAAAAAGUAACUAA